AUGCAACAAUAUUUAUCUGUGAUUUGUUCAGUUAUCGAAGAGACAGAUUAUCUUGAAUACAAUAAAAGAAAACUUUUAAAUCGAAUAUUCAGCCGAAUAUUUGGUAACAACAUAAUUUCUAAAGUUCAAACAGCUUUAUUACAUGCUCUUAAAACAGAUAAUCAAGAUGUUAUUCGUAAAAGUAUUAGUGGAUUUAAAACGCUGAUAUCAAUUCAUCAAGUUGAAUUAGAAAACCAGGUUAUAGAAGUUCUUGUUAGUCUAACAACGAGUGUCAUAUGUGAUGAAUCUAUGAAACAGGAUAUUAGUACGUUAUUGAAUAAAUCGAAAUUAGACGAGAGUCAACAACUGACAUACAAACUCUCUUAUUUAAAUUACAAUUCAGACGAGCAAUUACUAGAUAACUUAGCUAAAUUUCCUCAACUAUUAACACAGCACUUUAAUCAAAUCAAUCUUAUUAUUGACAACUGUUCAGAAUUAACCAGUAAAGCUCUAGAAACUCUACUGAAGUGUUCGAAUAAAAAAAAUAUACCAGAUAAAUUGUUAGAUAGUAUAGCUGUUUUACUAGCAAGUACUAAUUCGGAAAGAAUAAAAUCAUUAUGUUGUCGACUACUAGCUGAAAUAGUUAAAGCAGGAAGACAAGUUACUGAUGAAAUUAUAUCCCUAAUUCUUGUUCAAGAUGAAAAGAAAAAACCGAUAGAUAUACUCAAAUUAAUUUGUAAAAAUCAAAUUAUUUCUGAAGAAUUAAAAACGAAAAUAAAUUUGUUUUCUGAUAUUGAUUCUACAACAAAUAUCGACCGAAAAACUCUCCAUAAAUUUUUAAAUAAUAUGCGACAAGAAUUCCAAAUAAGUCGAAAAUUUUCUCAUUUAUCUAUUCAAAAAUUACUUUCAUUUAAUAUUUCGCUGAAUGGUAAUGAAACUAAGUUAGAACAGGAUUUGAUUGAUAUCUUUGCGUUAAUUUUAAUACAAAAUCCAGAGUAUUCUGAAAAUCAAUUCAUUGUUAAUUGCUUAGAAAAAGCCAUUUUAUCUAAAACUAUAAAUGAAAAAAUUCUCAAUGCGUAUAAAGAAGUAAUCAAAAGAACAAAAUGUCAAACAAAGAAUUUUGAAAGUGUAUUAGAUAUUUUUAUCGAAAUUUUAAACAAGUCGGAUAGCUUAGUGAAAAUUCAUUUCGAUAUACUUGUGUGCAUAGCUCUCGCAUCUGAAAGUAAAAAAAUUACAAAAUUAGAAACUCUAGAAAAUAAUAUUUUCAAUGACAAUGAAAUAAUUCGCAGUUGGUCAUUUCGAGGUUUAAGAGCAGCAUAUGAUAGAGGUUUGAGAUCUUUAGCAUUUCAACAAUGGUGUGAUAGUAUUAGCGAAAAAAUGGAAGAAAAUACUCCUAUUGAAGUUUCUUUCGAUUUCGAUUUGUUCGAAACUAUCUCAGCAUUGAAAUACAUUGAUUUUGAUAAAAUUUGUGAUAAACCACAAAAUCAAUGGAAUAGAGAACUUUUAAUUUUUGAUUUAAUAGAAAGAAUUUCAAUGAGUGAAGCAGAGCGAUUUCAAUUUUAUCAAGCUUGGCUUGAUAUUGAAGAACAUCAAAAAGGUAACAGCAAUAUAUUAUUGAAGUUAUUGCAUCGUUUCGUAAUGAAUAAUGGUGCGUCGUUUCAUGAAUGUUAUGAAACAAUAAAAAUUUUAGAUAAAAUUGAUUUUGAAAUCGCUUACCCCAUCCUGUUGAAUAGUAAAGAUGCAUUUGUCUCUCUGAAAACAAAAUAUCUAACAGUAAUCAUCAAGCAACGUUUAUUGAAUAAAAAUGGAACUAGUUGUGAAUAUAUUGAAUCUUUAGCAUUGAAGAUGAUAUCAAAAUUUGGCUUAGAUAUAAGCCAAAAAUUGUUUGAUGCACUAGAAAAUAUAAAUAAUUUAGCAGAAUUUGAAAACAUUGUCAAUUUUGCAAAAGAAAAUAAGAUUAAACUAUCUGAUAUCUAUGUUAAGAAAGCAACCAUUCCAGUAUUAAAAAGAACAUUAGAAAUAAAAUUCUUGGGUGAUCGAAUUAAAGGAAUUGAUCGAUUGAAAUUAGGUACUUAUCUUGAUAGUUUAUUAGAUCAAAGUUGGACUUUCGAACAAUUACAUGAUUUUUUCAAUAUUGUAAACGAAUCAAAUUGUAAAGACAGACCACGGUAUUCUAUAUUUGUUCUCGAAAUUAUUUUACACUAUAAGAUUUUUCCGAAGAAAGAAAAUUAUGAUAAAAUUUCAACAGCUCUCAAGAAUUCUGCCGAAAGUUGGUUGAAGGAAAUCAAUAAAAUUGCAGUUGAAGCGAAUUUUUCUGAUAGAAUUAGAGUUAAAACAUCAAGAGAAUUAAUACAAGAAUUAGAAAGUAGAAAUUCACAUAAUGCAAAUUUGAAGAACUUAGGCGAAGAAAAAUUACUAAACUUAAUACAAAAAAUCAAAAGUUCUGAUUUAAUUUCUAAAAUAUUAGACAGUACUGUGAAAGACAAGUCUGAUCGAGAAAACGAAGAACAACUAAUUUAUAUCAGUCAAUGGACAAAAGAUCAUAUCCGCCAAUGGGCAAUCACAGUAAAAACCGAUGUUGAAACUCGUAAUACAAAUUCCGAAGAUUAUAUUGUAGAAGCUCUAGCGGUGAUUAAACAAGCGAAUUUCAUAGAAACUAGAUUUCACCUUACAGAUGCACAAAUUCUGAGUUGUUUGAUUAUUUUAAAUGCAAAUAAGGAUCAAGGUAGAUUACUACAAGUAGCAACAGGUGAAGGUAAAUCAACGAUAAUUAGUGUAUUAGCUGUAUUUUAUGCUUUACAAGGAAAAAAAGUAGAUAUUAUAACUAGUUCACCUGUACUUGCAGAACGAGAGGCAAAAGAAAAGGAAAAAUUCUACCAUAUGUUUGAUCUUCAAUGUAGCCAUAACAAUGAUAAAGUAGUUUAUUUAUCAGGUCCUAAAACGUGUUGCAAAGAGCAGGUAGUUUAUGGCGAAGCAGCACAAUUUCAAUUCGAUACUUUAAGAACAGAAGAUAGUUCGAAAAUUGCAAGACUUGCAACGAGUAUAUCUGAUAUGGAUCAAUUACAGAUAAUAUAUCAUCUAUUGUGGAAACAACUUAUUUCAAUGCAGGAUAAAAUUAUUCAACUAGAUGGUGAAUUGUAUUUAUUAUACGGGAAAAUUAAGCUUGAACAAAAUCGAAUUUCUCUAGAAUAUGUUGAGGGUGUGGAUGGAUUUUGUGUUCAUCUACAACCAUAUCCACAUUUUUCUGAUCAGUUUCAAUAUAUUAAAUUGGAUUGA